AUGGUUCUCUGGGCUCCCACCUCCAUCAGCUCGUGGAAGCAAUUUGCAAGUCUUUUCCUUGCCCAUUUCGUCAACAGCAGACGGUGCCAGAAGAGCGUUGUCUCACUCAUGCCCGUUCGGCAUAAGCGCAUCGAGAGUCUGCGAUCCUACAUCGACCGCUUCAAGAAGGAAGAGCUCAAGAUUCGAGACCUCGACCCCAUGGUCUCCAUGCACAUAGCGAUCAAUGACCUCCUGCCGGGAUUGGCCCUCAAGUACUCUGUAGUGAAGACACCGCCCAAAACCAAGGCAGAAUUUUUGGAAAAGGCUCAGAAGUACUUCGCCGCCGAGGGGGUCUCGGUCGGCAAACACCAUGAAGGAGAAUCUGACCACAACCGUGGGGGGUCAGAGAAGAAGGGGAAGAAUGGAGACGGUCACGACAACAAAAACAACAACAAUAGUAAAGAUGGCAACAAGAAGUUGUUGGUCCUCACCUACAACAAAUACACUCCACUCAACUCCACCCCAACACAAAUACUCAUGCAAGUAGGGAAGGAGGAAUGCAUGAAGUGGCCGAAGAAGAUGAAGAGGAACCCCAAGAGGGGUAACCCCAAAAAGUACUGCAAGUACCACCGCGACACCGGUCAUGACACUGAGGACUGUUAUGACCUCAAAAAUGAGAUUGAGCCCCUCAUUCGCCACGGUCACUUGAAGGAGUACAUGAUGGGAGAUGUCAGCGCCUCCUCACAAUAG